AUGAGCAGCUUCCAUCGGGAGUCCAACUCGAACAAUGCAGACUCGCCCUCUGCUCGGUUCCACACUACAUCGUUGCUAGACACAUCGAUAGCUGCAGCCAUUGAAGCCGUCCAAAGCAUCUACAGAGCACAGGUGAAUCGAUUGGCCAUGAUUCACGCUGCGUCGCAGUAUCAAGCCCGUCUUGCCGCUUUUGAGCUCCUGGCGGCUGAUGAGAAAGUUGCUUUUGAGACUAUUAUAGUCAUCUCACUGCUUCUAUGCCUCUGCGAGAUUAUUCUACCCAACGAAGAUGGCCCUGCGUUCCAACCCUUUGGCUUGGCUUUCGAGGCAAGAUUGGCCGUUUGGCUACUAAAUACCGAUCGGUCUCCUAUGGCCUUACGGAUCUGUGUCUGGCUACAACUCUUACACGUUGCGACCAAACGAUCGGGAUGCCGCGGCAUGUUACCAGAAACCAUGUUUCAGCUCCUCAACGACCACAUUACCGAGGUGCCCAAUCUCCCUCCACUAAGCAACAGCUCCGACUCAACAAAGAUGCUUCUUGCUGGCUACAUCACGUCUGGGUUGCCAUGCACUCUUCAGGCGCGUUUAAUAAACCCAACUGCCUGGAAUUGGCGUGGAAAGGCUGCUUUCCUCUGGGCUGGAACGAACUUGAUUGGCAUUGUUUGGACUUAUUUCCGUCUACCCGAACCAAAAGGUCUUACAUUUGCUGAUAUUGAUGUGCUUUUUGAGAGGCGCGUUCCAGCGCAUAAGUUUAGCAAAAUCGCUGUUGAUCCAUAUCACUCUCAUGGCAUUGCUACUAUUGAAGAGGAAGAGAAUGUUGGUGAUGAUUACGACAAGAGAAAAUCAUCAUGGGGCACGUCGUGUUUCAUCUUCAAUCUGCAUUUCUAUAACCACUUCCAUCAGUGA